UUCAUCCCAUUUGCUGCAACAUCCAGGAAAUGAUCCAAAAUGGCACGCAUAGUCCAGGAUUCAGACGAUGAGCUGGAUGAAGACCUCGAGGCCGACCUACCACCAUCGCAGCCGCCAGACGCCUCCGAUCCGCCUAAUCGUACUAGCAAAGAAUCAUUGCCCAUCCAUCUGCAGCCCUUGCCUAGCCAAGAUGAACUGCAAUCUUCGGUUUCCUUACCAGAGCAUCCAAACAAGAGAAGGAAGACGGAGUCUCCCGGCCAACUUGUAAACAGCCAUGGACCUGGGAAUUUCGACGAAGCUAUCUGGCAAUUAGAAGGCACCAUGCGCAACGAUUAUGCUGACCAUGAGCCCGUCAUGCCUGGUGAACCAUCAAGUACCAUACCAAACGCCACCAUGACGCAACAGCGUGUCUUGGAAGCUGUCAAUGCCUCAAUAAUGCUGGGACAGGAGUCCGAAAAUGGGGACAUUCGCCAUCAUCUUCCACCAGGACCAUCAGUACCUUGGUCGGAUCUGAUGAGGUUCACACCUGCAGAAGAAACCGAACAGACUGGAUCCCCAUGUUGUGAACCACCGCUUCACACCUCAUUGGAUACAUCUGUUGUGCCUACGCAGAAAAGUUCUGGAUGGCCAGCAACGCAGCAGAGCAAAUGUACAUCCUCAUCUCAACCGAAUCAAAGUCUAUCGAAGAAUGAUUGUUUUUCUUCUGAGGGACAUCCCGCAAAUGGUGAACUAGUAGUAUUGAAGACGAACACCCCACUGGUAUUCAUGAAAAGUCAGACCUCCCGACCAGAAUCCGAUAUCAAUGGUCAAGUGGAAGCAAAGAUAUCGCCCCGCCAACCCCAGAGCGGGCUGCCUCCAAGCUCUGAUGACGAAUUGUCUGCAGUUGGACUCCCCGAAGAGCGAUACAAGCCAAGGCCCAGUCGCUCAAGGUCACUCAGGGUAGAUACUGAAGAGCCAAUUAACUACUCUAUCCGACCUGAGAAAGCUACAAAGCUCAGCAAACGUCGAAGAACAACGGCUGACAUGCGCGCUACCAACGCAAUCACGACUCCCGAGAAAGUGCGGCAAAUAUGCGAUAUGGGCUUCACACCUUCGAUGACUGUCAGAGCUCUGAGACGUAACAACGGUGACGUUAUGCAAACUGUCGAUUGGCUAGUUACUAGCAAUAUCGGCCAUGACGAGCUGGCGCCACAAAGUCCACCUAAGCCGAUGCCAAAAUCAAGAGAAAAGGGCGAGCCUGAUGUAGUGCAGACUGUCCAAGGCAUAAUACGCAAUCGGGAUGAGUAUCGUGGAGAUGAUUGUGAGACUGCGCAACAUGAUCAGCCAGCAGGACUUGAUGCAGACAGUUAUAUAACGGAUCUCAUAAAUGUCAAUACUGUUGUGGCGACCUCAAAAUUGAACCAGCACUCAGAGAUGGAUCAGAACAUGAGUCCGACAAAAGUGCAGGUAGUGAUACCAAAGAAGUCGCCCAAAGCUGCCGCUCCACAACUAGAAGAUGGUAUAAAUGGGCCAAGUAAGAUGUCAAAGCGCAAGAAAAUUAUGCUAGAUCAGACUGAAUCCGAAUCAGUCUCAUUGUUAGUUCCUGUACCGGCGCCGGUGAAUGAGAAGAAGAGAGGUCGAGGGCGUCCAAAGAAAACGCCAACCACUUCUGACGCCAUCGAACCCAUUGUACCUCAUGAACAAGAUGCAAAAGAGGAGCAGCUUAGUGAAUCUCUACAAUCAAUAGAACAGUGCCUGGCCACUGAGAAAAUCAGCCCAAGCUCAGACACCACACCAGACGAGCCACAGCUGGUAGAACCAGUGAUCUCCCAGGAUACACAACAGGUCAAGGCUCCAACCAAAUUCAAUUCAGCUCCAACGUCAGAGACACCAGAAAAGUCAACGAAACCCGUAACUCCUUCACCUAUAACUAAAGGCCAGGUGCCGUACCGUAUAGGCCUAAGUAAACGAGCGAGAAUCGCUCCUUUAUUACGUAGUCUAAAGAAAUAAAAAAGGCUAUUAUAAUGUUCUUCUAAAGAGUAAACCUGUUAAAGAUAUAGUUUAUAUUAGUAAGGUUUAUAUAAUAAAACCUAGUAAUAUAU